AUGACCGAGAAUAAACGGCAGCUAGAGACCGGACCUGAUUGUGCUGUCGUAGACAACGGAGAAGACACCGAUAAAGUUAAUAAAGUCGAUACCGACCUAUUCGAUACUGAGGAAGUCGAUGUCCCUGCUGGGGAUAUUCCUACUGAGGAUAUCGCCGCUGAGGAUAUCCCCGCUGAGGAUAUUCCUGCUGAGGAUAUUGCUGCUAAGGAUAUUCCUACCGAGGAUAUCCCUGCUGAGGAUAUUCCUGCUGAGGAUAUCCCCGCUGAGGAUAUUCCUACUGAGGAAGUGGGUGACGAUAAAGGUAUACUAGAAGCAAUACACGAGCUGCCAACCUUCAAUCCAUUGUGUAAUAUAUAUCCUACCUGA